AUGGAUUUGCUGCGGUUGGGGGGAGGUGGGUUGGGGUUGCGGACUUGCCUGAGGAGGUGGGUGGGGGUUACAAGGACGGAGAAGGAAGCGGAGGGGAUUACAAGGACGGUUAAGGAGGUGGGUGGAUUUGCUGCGGUUGGGGGAGAAGCUCCCCCUAACAGAGAUUUUGGUGUCGGAAUCUACGGCGCAGUGCUCAGGGAGAUCGGUUUCAUCAAUAUCCACAACAAAUCCAACAACCACCAUCCAAUUGAACUCGCCAAAGAACGGCGAAUUCGAGAGGGUACCAAAGAACAAGAAAGAGAGAGAGAGAGGAACCAAAGAGCUUUUGGGGCUGCGAGAGGGGAUGGGGUGGCAUGGUUGCGCUGGGUGCUUUGGGGAAGGGGUGGUCAGAAAAGGAAGAAGGGGAAGAUGGAGGUGAGGGGAGCUGACGAGGAAUGGAAGAAAGGGAAGGGGACGCAAACAACCUUAUUCCAUCCCCUCCCUUUUAGCCCAACCUCCAACCUACCCUCCCCACACCCUCCGAGCCAUCGCAACCCAGUUCUGUUUGAACGCGUUCGAUUUGAUAUCGUUCUCGACUGGACUGGACCUGUCCGGGCUGUUCAACGACCAUUCGUACGGCUCGGUAGAGGACAGCGAGCGUUUCGUGUUGGAGAAGACGAUGGAGAAGGUGGUGGAGAGAGUGGAGGCGUUUGCGAAGGUCGAGAAAUUGAGGGUGAGGAGGAAGAAGGCGUGGGGUUUGGAUAUGGAGUAGCAGAAUGGUAA